AUGAGCUGGGAAGGGAGCAGCGGCGUCUCUCUCUGUCUCUUCACGCCGCCGCUCAUCUGCAUUGAAGCUCAGGGGAAGCCGCCCGGUCCAGAAGAGGCUUAUUCAGAAGUAGAAAUCCUCGAUUGGAAGACAAAACAGCAGCUAUGCUUUCUUGAGAAGGUUGAGCCACAUGCCACAAUAAGUGAUAUCAGACUGAUGUUCCAUAAAUUAUAUCCUCAGUGGUAUCCAGCAAGGCAGUCUAUAAGACUUGAACCCCAAGGUAAAUCAUUGCGAGAUGAAGAAAGCCUUCAACUACUCCUUGUUGGCACAACUGCCACAUUAUAUUUUAAAGAUUUAGGACCUCAAAUAGGAUGGACUAUGGUAUUUUUGAUAGAAUAUACAGGUCCGUUGUUCAUCUAUUUUGUGUUUUAUUUCCGCAUGCCUUUUAUCUAUGGCCUGGAUGACAGGUUUACCUCGAGCCGGCAUCCAGUAGUUAACUUGGCAUGUAUCUGCCAUUCUUUCCACUACAUCAAAAGGUUGAUUGAAACAAUAUUUGUUCAUCGGUUCUCCCAUGGGACUAUGCCACUGAGGAGUAUUGUUAAGAACUGUUUCUACUACUGGGGAUUUGCUGCCUGGCUUGCUUAUUACAUCAACCAUCCUCUUUACACACCACCCUCCUACGGACAAAAACAGGUCACUUUUGCUCUCAUCAUGUGUCUGACAUGUGAAGCUGGAAACUUUUCUAUCCACAUUGCACUUAGUAAUCUGAGAAAAGAUGGAUCCAAGACUUGUAAGAUCCCUUAUCCAACAAAGAAUCCUUUCACAUGGCUAUUCUAUUUUGUAUCCUGCCCUAACUAUACCUAUGAGCUGGGGACGUGGAUUGGUUUUACUAUCAUGACUCAGUGCGUUCCAGUGGGAUUAUUCACCUUGCUUUGUUUCAUUCAAUUGACUGUCUGGGCAAGAGACAAACAUUACACUUAUCUAAGAGAAUUUAAGGACUAUCCUAGUCUUCGAAUGUCUAUCGUUCCUUUCUUAUUGUAGCUUUAUACUGACUGUAAGAAGCAAAGCUGGUGAGCUAUUAUGGACACAAGUACAGGCCGUGGGAGAUGACAUGAAGAUAAUUUAGGUGAGGUAUUCCUGGUGCAUGCUGAAUCUGCUCUACAGUGAGAAAUUCCAUGGGCUCAGUGGCCCCAUCUCCUUGCAUUUCUGAAUUUGCAAGAAGCGGUUUUGGUUCCCAUUUUCCUAUUGCCUCUUUAGCAAUAAGGUCUUUCAAGACUAACUACACCUGGUUUGUCAGGAUGUUGUCUGCUGCUGAGAGAAGGCACUGUCUGUAUACAUCUGGCAAAGAGAAGCAUGAAAGUUUAUCAUGUCAUAGCCUGAAGUUCCACAAACAGGCUUGUUAAAGAAGACAUAUCCAAAGCCACAGGAAAGAAAGUUGAUUGGACUACCUCAGUCAGCAGAAAAAAUGGCAGCUUGCUUAUGACAUAACUGAAGGUCUUACAUGGACAGAAGAAUUGGUCUGAGAAUCAUGAACAAUUUACACAUAGUCCUGUUGGGAUUAUACCAUUUCAGACUGCAAGGUGGGGUCGUGCAUGUGAACAUUCCCCUUAUAAGAAAUUUCCUGUACAGAGAGAACUAUCACAUGAAGAAUAAGAAAGGUUCUAGCCUGGCCCUUUGACCAAUAUUCUUGCUUUCUACACUCAGAAAGUCUCUUAUGUGGGGAGAGGUAUUCAAAUAUGCCUCUCUCCCCACAAUUGGAAGUUCUAAGAGGACUCUCAAGUGGAGAAGAAUCCCAUUGAUUAUAGUCGAGUUAGAAGAAUGUAACUAUGCUUACGAUGUACUGUAUAUCACGUGUUUAUUCUGUCUGCAUUUCUUAUUAUCGGAAAACAUUUGGUGCUGCAAUCUUGUGCUCACUUACUUGGGAGUAAGACCCAAAUUAGAGGGAUUUACUUCUGGGCAACACACGUAUGAUCUAAACAAGGGGCCUCAGCCAUAGUCGUAAACAGAAUACUUGUCUUCACAUGUGUCAAAGGAAAUAUUGAAUCCUCCAGUAAUGUAUUUCUCCAUAGAGAGUUAAGUCAGUUUUGAGAAGGCUCUGUGCAAAUCAUACCGAGAAAUUAAUGCACUAUUGUCUUAAACACACUUUUAAGUACUUAUUUUAGACUUUAACAAAAAAGGGGGGCUCUGACUGUUUCCUGACAAGAUUUAUUUCUCUAGAAAUGAUGUAUAGAAAAUUUUUUGCAACUAUUUGUAAAGAGACAAUAUGCAAUAAAUUCAAAUGUAUAUUUUAAAUUCAGUCCAUAUUAUUAUAGCAGUAGAAGACUCAGUGAAGUUUUAUAAUAUUUUUGUUUAGUAUCUCACUUAAGUUUUUUAAAAAAUCCAAAGGAGGAUAAAAACAUACAUGUACACAGACAUAAAAUAUAUACAUAACCCAUAAGUCUUUCUCACAUAGCAUACUGUACCUGAGAAGGGAUGGUUUGGGACAUGGUAACAGGUGUUAAUGGAAAACAGUAAAUC